AUGGCUCCCCGGGUGGGUAGAUUCAUGUUGAACUGGCGAGCGUUGUUCCAGGGCCGGACGCUGCUGCUCACCAACACGCUGAGUCCAGGAAUCAUGAUGAUGCUGGGAGACGUGAUGCAGCAGAGCCGAGAGAACUUUGGACAGAGAGACAAAGUUCAUGACUGGAGGAGGUCAGGCAGGAUCUUUACGGUGGGCUGCACCAUGGGCCCUCCACUCACCUGCUGGUUCUACUUCCUGGACCGAGUCUUUGCUGGGAGAGCUCUGAAGACGUUGGCCAUGAAGAUCGUGGCGGACCAGACGGUCAACUCUCCAUUUAUGGGGAUGUGGUAUUUUAUAGGUAUGGGUCUCUUGGAGGGACACAGUUUAUCCAAUUCAUUCAAGGACUUUAAAGGCAAAUUCUUGGAACUUUAUAGGACGGACUGCUGUGUUUGGCCUCCUGCUCAGUUGAUCAACUUCUAUUUCGUGGCGCCCAGAUUCCGCGUUAUCUACGUGAACUGUGUGGACUGCUUGUGGGGCGUGUACCUUUCCUACCUCAAACACAGAGAUGACAGCCUCCUGACUGAGCCGCUAUCAGACAGCAGCGCUGUGGUUCUGCAGCAGGAAGUUCUCCCUCCUCCCAAACCUCUGGAGGAGAACGCUCGGCGCCGGAUCCCUGCUCAGCUGUGACGUCUUUCAUCGGACAAAAAGCAACAUUUGACCUGCUCAAACUUCAGCUCAACUCAAGACUGAUACAACAGAGUUUAUUCUGUUUCAUUCUCCAGUUUAAAUUGACCUCAAGCUUCUAUCUGAACCAGAGGAGCUGUGAUGUUUAGGGACACAGUGAGUGAAAGUU